AAUACAUCAGAAGUCGGUAUAUAUAUUUGCCAAUGUAUAUUCUAAUUAGUGUUUGCCAUUUAAGGUUGUUUCCCAUUAAAUAAUGAUGUCAAUAAUGAAACUCUAGCAGAAACCACAUACAUUAUUAAAAGUCCAAUAGAAUUCGAUAAAUAAAAAAAAAGAUGGAUUCUGAAGAUACUAUAAAUAAUCACGAGAUGAUAUCCACGUUGAAAAGCGAGUUGGCUGCAUUGCAGUUCAAAAGAGAUCGUCUUAUGUCCGAGUUGCAAGACACCAAAGGGCAGCUUCGGACUAGAGAUCAAAGAACGGUAGAGCUCGAGGCUGAAACGGAAAUGUUGAAAGAACAGCAAGUUAGACAAAAUUCUAUCAUUGCUAGUCUGAGAAAUAGGAUAAAGGAAUUGGAGGACCAAGAGAGAAUGUUGACUACGUCAUUGGGAAGAGCAGAUAUGUCAUCCGAAUCUUUAGCUAGAGAAAAUCGCCAUCAGGCAGAGAAGUGUUCCGAGUUGGAGCGGAAAAUCAAUUUAUUGGAAUUAAAUUGUACUCAAGCUGAAAAUGCAAGAGACUCGGCAAGAAGAUCAAUGUCAGAGUUUGUAAGUAGAGCUUCGAUAGCGUUGGGGUACGAGUCUUUGAAUUCAGAUUCUCCAGCUGCCGUUGAUGUGGUCUUAUCAAAAGCAUCGGAAAUGCAUCAGGAAUUAAACAGAUUGCGUCGUAAAAAUAUUUCUGCCAGUGAAAAUUUAACCUCGAUAGAAGUAGAAUUGAGGAAUUGUAGAGAACAACUGGAAAGGGCCCUAGCUGAUAAAGAAAAUCUUCAAAGACAGGCUGCCGGCCAUAUUCUUGAAAUAGAUAAGUUAAAACAAGAGAAAGAACAUUUGGAAAUGCAGCAGAGAGUAAUGGAACGUGAAUUAUCUGAACUCAGAGAUAAACUGAUGGCAACUAACAGGAGUUUAGGCAUCGCAUCUAACAAUAUAGCCAGUCAGGAGGCUACUAUAUUCACUCUUCGAAAUGACUUACGAGGACACGAUGAGAAGUGUCAAAAAAUGCAAAUUGACAUGCAACACUUUUUGGAGUCAUUGGCCGUGUGUCUGACUUCGGCGGAUGGAUACGUUCAGUCCACCGAGAGUGGUGUCAAAGACGCGGUGAAGAGGCUAGUUAACGAGUUGGCUACUAAGAGUACAUUGCACGGGGAAUCCAAGGACAGGAUAAUCAGUUUGACCGACCGGAUCGAACGGCUGCAGAUCGACCAGGACAGAUUAGCGUCGGAAAACCGAGUGUUGACAGAUGAGAAACGCAACUUGGAGACUCGAUUGAACCACGCCGAGAGCGAACUUAAUGUUUGUGAAAUGACUAAAGAACAUUUACGUAAUGAUAAGACAAUCUUCGUUACAUUCCUCGAUAAAUUGUCAAGAGCCAUGCACAUGGACCAGAUAGCGAAAGACGUGGGUGUCGACUUACACACAGAAUCGUUGCUGCUACGUGCCGAACAGCUUGCCAAAUUGGAAUACGAUAAAAACAUCGACAAGUUACUGCUCGGUUAUCCUUAUACGUCAUCGUCGUUAUCCAGACAUCGUUUAUAUUGCGAUUUUCCUUACAGAGAAAGCGCUUUAGUUUAUCAACUGCAACGACGCGUACGUACGUUAAGGGACCAACUGCAAAGACGCGAUCUCCAUCUCGAUUUAUUACGUAAGAAAAUCAGUGUCCAAGACGAAAGUACAAAAAUACGUUCACUCUUGGAAACAGAAAGAGAUGAAGCUAACAUACGGGCUAAAAAGUUGCAAAAACAAUUGGAUAAAGCACAGCUACAGUUGACCGAAUGCAGAGCGCAGAUUCGAGAUUUGAAACUACAGUUAUCUGAUGCUGGAGAUUGUAAAUUGACUUCAUUGGAAAGAGCGAAGAAAAUCGAUGAUCUUGAAAAACGUCUCGUGGAAUCAGAGAUGUUACGAAUGCGUUUUUCACGAAAAGUUACUGUGCUCAAAGAACAAUUGAAAUCGACUUCCGAUUCUCAUAACCAAGACAAAACUCUGAACGAGCACACAAUGCGAGUGUUACAGGACGAACUAUCCUCGAUUAAAUUCCAAUUGAGCGAAGUGAAACGUCGAGAAUGUUCUCUCGAAGAUCUUCGACGGACUGUGAUCAGCCUGCUGGCACUAGACUCGUCGUGUACCGAUUACGAGAUCACAUCGAAAAUAACCAAACUGGUGGCUGCGCACCGAGAGUAUUCCAUCCUGUCAAAGAGGUACGACGACCCAUUGCCGUCUUACGUUCAUUUACCACCGCCCUCCGAGUCGUCAGACCCGUUGACGGUUGACGACUUUGAGAUCCUGAACAGCGCGUACAACAAACGUUCACAGAGGAAGACUUGAACAACGACUUCGACGCCUCACACGGUUCAAACAUAAAUUUCAAUGAGUAGAUUUUACCUUGAAGUCUUUACGCCUAUCUAACCUGUGUAUAUACGGAAAUGUGUGACUAACCAUAAAAUCCUCCACCUCCGUUUAGAUAUGUUCCACCGUGUACAAGUAUCACUGACAUUGUUAUAGUGUAUAUACCUGUAAUAUAUUAUAAUGUGCGGUUAGAUUGUUUAUUAAUACGUACUUAAAACAUUGUCGUGUGUGUAUUUUUCACACUUUUUUGACUUAAAAUAAUAUUUAACCUAUUUUUUUCAAUAUACUCUUAACGUCUAUUACGAAACGAUAGGAUAGGCAUAGCUUGGUUUUUAAACUGAUUCGUGCUUAAACUUUUUGAUUUUUUGAGUUUUCCACCGUUCUGUAUAAUCGUACAGUUCGACAUUGUACAAAAAUCUAUAUUUUGAUCUAUCGCCAAGAAUAGGAUCAUAAUUUUUAUUUUUAUUAAAUUCUUUUCAGUGCAGCGUUUAAUUUAUCCGUAGCCGUUUGACAUGCGUUAUCUGUGUAAUUUUUUUUCUAAUUGUCUUUUUGAUUGACAUUUUAAAUACGUUGUCUAAGUAUAAAAAUAUUUAAUAAUUACAUUCAAUAUUAUGUAGAUAGCAUUUAAAAAUGUUUAAUAUUUAUAUAAACACGUUAGAUGAAUUUCGGAUUCCUGCAGUCAUCGUCAUCGAUAUAACGACGUGUUUACAUUGUAGAUUUAAUUUGUAUUAGACAAGCAAUAAUACAUUUUACGAGGUCUACUCGACUAUAGAUACACGUUAAUUUUAGUUAAUUUUUAAUGUACUACGUGAUGUUUGGAAUUCUAUACUACUUUGUAAUGAAGCGUGAUUAAGUAGUUUCUGAACUAUUAAAAAGCAGACGUUUAAAAAUUUAAUAGAUUUUUAACUAUACGUAAUUUAUAAUAAUUUAAUUUAUUUUAUCGCUUUUAUUGUGUCAUACUAAUAUAGGUACUAUGAUACAUCAAAG